CCCAUCGAUACGUACGUACAUGCAUACUAACAUCGAUCUAUCCAUUCGUGUGCCUGACUGUACAGCGGAGGGGAGGGGAGGGGGGACGGCUAUCUAUAUAGAGUGAUGUAUGUGAUUGAAUCAAGUGACUUUGCCAGGCACCUGAAGGCAGGCAGGACACACAGAAAGCGCGUGGCUGUCCUGUCGAGUGGAUGGAUGGAUGGACGGAUAUAUGACUAGGUAGUGAGUGUGUGUGUAAGGUAGGCUAGCCGUAGGUGUGUGUGCAUGUGUGUAGGGAGGGAGGGAGGGAGGGCACCGUACGUGUGUUGCGUACCGUGUAUGCCAUCAUGGAGCCCUGCUGGUUCCCUUCGUUGUUCUGCAUCAGGGACACACAGACAGACAGACAGACAGACAGACAGAUGGACGGACGGACGGACAGACGACAUGCAUAGAUGGAUGGAUGGAUGGACACUGUCGUCCGUCCGUCUGACUGAGUCUUGCAAGCCCCAGCCAACCAACCACCCCUGUCUGACUGACUGACUGACCAAGACGAGGAUAAUCGUGAAGCGCCAGGUGGUCGAGUCCAAACCUGAACCAACGAAAGCCAACCCACACACACGUGGGCAGCAAACCGUGAGGGUGUCCCGUGUGGAUCCUAGCCCGCACUGGGUGAAGGUUUUGUCUCUUGUUGUGAGUGACAGUCAUUCGCCUACAUCCGUAGAGGGGCCAGCCUGGAAAGAGGUGGAAGAACUGCACACACCCACAGACAGACAGACAGACAGGCGUUCAGCUCCUCCAGACGCAUGCCAUGCCAUCGAAGCGCAGGGCUCUCUCUCUCCUCGCAUCCAUCCAUCCAUCCAUACAUAGAUGUAAACAUACGGUGAUUGCAGCGAUGAGUUCUUUGGCGGUGAAGACCAUCUCAGCCGGGGCGGGCAACGCCGAAUUAGCUGACUCAACCAACCAACCAAGAGUAAGCCAGAGGCAGGCGGCGGACAGACACAGAGACAGACAGACAUGCAUGGGGCGGACGCAUACAUGAAGUCAUGCUUUACUGAAAUUUAUGCCUCCCUGCCUCCCCCUGCGUCCCGCCCACCAUCUCCCUCCCUCCCUGGGUGGCGUACCGGUGGGAUUGAUGAAUUGGUUGUGAUUGAAGACCGCCUCCACCUCUCCAUCCGGGUGAACUGAAUGAGUCAAUCAAGGACACAAGGCACCAGCCAGCAACGUUACACCAAACCACACACACACACACACACACACAACGGUUGGUGUGUGGAUGCAUUGGGUCGAGUCGAGGGUGCUCACUGCCUGAGACGGUGAUAGCGACCUCCGCCUGUGCCAUGUUGUACUGCGGUGCGUCCCCGGCUCCCGCCCCUGACUGCCCACCAGGCUGGUAUCCCGCUAUGGGUGAGUGUGAGAGCUUGAUGGCGAUGUCGUCACAGCCCAUGUGCUUCAUCUUCUCUACCAACUGCUUGAGCUUCACCACCGGAGGCAGCUUGAACUGCCACUGCGUAAACAGUCAGGUCCGUAUGUGUAGUGUGUGUAUGUCCUUCCUGUGUGUGCCCACCUACGUACGUACCUCUGGGUUUCCCAAGUCAAGUUGAUCUAAACCAUGGAGUUCAUCGGCCCUCUGCACUUGAACUGGACACUCCUGAAAGGGCAGCCAGGCAGCCACCCGGUGUCCACUGUAUGUACUGUAGGGGUCUGUCUGUCUGUCAGUCCGUCUGUCGGUCGGCCGGUGAGUGGUGACGUGACGACAAUCAAUACCUGAACGACACUAUAGUCGGAGUUGGGCAUUUGCAGCUCGAAGCUCAACACGGGGAACCCAUGGCGCCUGCAGACACCCAACACACGCACUCCGGUGACGCAUUGCAAUGCAUUGGAUCAUUCAGGAGCCAUCGGUGCACUGCAUCCCUGUGGUCUGUGUGUCUGUGUGUGUCUGUGUGUGGCGGCCAUGGAUUUACUUGGCUAGUUUGCAUACGGUGAGUUCUGCAGUGACCAUGUCCUUGACGGCGGUCCAGAGGUCGUCAAGUGAGCAGCUCAGCCCGAUGACGUUGUUGUUCUUGCUCUCCACCAACACGUCGUAGAAGAAACGACCCUGACCACAAUCAAUCAGUCACUCAAUCAAACACACACUCUACUCGGGGCCCUGCCCUGCCUGUCGUGGGAGGGAUGCGAUGUGCCCUGCGACCACCGUGAAUGUAGGUACGUACCAUGAAGAGGUUGCAGGCGGCAGUUCCGAACAAGGGGCGGAUGAGCAUCUGGUCGCUGGUGAUCUUGAUCAUCGACGACAUGCUGGCCACGCCCUGUAAGGCAUCGCUCUGCGUCGCCUGGGUGGUGCUGGUGCUGGCCGACGUCCCCGGGCCACCUGACUUGCCGCCCUGUGAGCAUGCUCGAUGCAGCGCUUGAAUCGCCUCUGGACUCACGCACCACGCAAACAUCCGUGGGAAGGAAUGGGGAAUGGUGAUGACUUCCACUUGCUUACUUACGAAACAGUCCUCAGACUCCUGGUCCAUAAAGCGGUCAGCACACAGCCACACACAUGCAGGAAACCACAGACAGAAGCCACACACACUUUCAUGAGAGAUCUUAGGCAGCCCAGGCGUGAGUCAUGCGGCUGACCUUCCUCACAUACGCACGGAACUUCAUGACUUCCACGCCGGUCGGGC